UUUUCUAGAGGGACGGCUUUAGGCGGAACACAACAGUAUCGUACUACAUGCAUCUGCAAGUUUUUUUCUACUCAGAAGUUGUAAGAAAUUCCGACUAAUAUUAUAGUUUAAGCACAAAGAAGGAAAUAUAGAGCGGUCUGUGCGUCGGUAAAAGGAACAGGCCGACCGCCACAGCAGUGAGGCGCCUGUUUUCUCUCCAGGCGACCGGGUCUGGCUCUCCAUCUGGAACCUGCCCCUCUGCCUGCCUUGCCGGAAGCUGAGCCCACGGCCAGCGGUGCCUGGUCCCCUCGCUGAGGCUGGUCCAGUGAUUCCCCGCUUCCUCUGGACAUCGAGGGAGGUCCUGCGUGCCGGGUCCAUGAGGUCCUGGAUUCGAGGCGUCGGGUGGGCCGUCUCCAGUACCUCAUCGACUGGGAGGGGUAGGGCCCAGAGGAGUGGUGCUGAGUUCCUGCGGUGGACAUCCUGGACGCUUCGCUGACCAGGGAUUUUCCGACCUGCACUGCGUCCCUGUGGUCAUCCCCGAGGCUGGUGCAGCACGUCGGGCGGGGGGUAUUGUCACGGAUUCCCCCGGGACUGCUGCUCAUUCCAUUCACCAGCUCCGGAGGUCUGCGUCACUGGCCUUCUAGGUGACGCUGAACUAGAUCAUUACCACCAACCCCGGACUGUCUGUUCUCAUUAUGCACACCUGGUUCCCAUUCCCCCUGAUUAGUAUAUGUGCCCUCUGUUCCCCAUUGUCCUUGAUGAUUAUUGUUCCAUGUCCGUUGGUCUUGUGAUUACCUGUGCUCUGUUGUAUCGGCUUUCGUGUUACCCUGUUAGUGUGUUCUUGUUAUUACGGGUCUCGUCCCGUGUAUUGUUAUUCCUGUGUAUUUAUUAGAGGUUUACAACUCACUCUUUGUUUGGGAUACAACCCUGUGUUAUUUAUAUACACGUGUUUGUUUUGGGCUUCGUUCCUGUCAUGUUCAUGACGUACUCUAUUCUGGGUAAAUUUCGUAUACCUGCACCUGUCUCCUAUCAUUAUGCAAUGUGACAAUGGCAAUCCUCAUUACGCACACCUGAGCCCCAUCCUGAAGCACACCUGGACUUCAACACUGCCCAGAUUACUAUCUCUUUAUCUGGCGUUCCGUGGCAACACUCUUCAGGCAAUAUUGUAUCUGUGUUCAUGUUCAGACAUUUCUCUUGUUUUGUAUCGCUCUAUGUUCAGUAUUAUUAUUCAACUCUGCUUCUUUACUCUCAUCGUCAUAGCUACAACCUUGUAGUAUUAUGUUCUUUCAAUUAGUAGUACUACCAACAAUACGAUGGGCAAUAUUUUUGUCUGGUACAAAGCGCCAAAAAUACCGCAAACCUCAGACUCAGGGAUUUUAUUUACAAUCUUUGUUCAACAAUUUCCCUUAAAAUUAGACAAUUAUUUAAGUAGAGUUUAAAAACCUGAGCAAUACAUAAAUAGUUUCCUCUUUAUAAUGCACAUUGUUGCACAAGUUCUAAAUUUAAUGGUAAUAAUAUCAAUAAACUAUCUGUUGAUAAAUAACAGACAGUUAGGUUCAGAGUAAGCGUUAAGGUUAGGGUCAAGUUUAGGGCUAGGUUAAGGAUAGGUUUAGUACUGUAGAUAGUUAGUUGAAAUGUUACUGGUAGUCUGUAAUGCAUCUAUCCAAAUGAAAUCGUACAGAGAUUACAAUGAGGUUUACUGAAUUUUUUGCACGUUGUACAAUGAUUUUGCAUCUUAUACCACCACUGUUGUUGUAACAUCUUAUCAGAUUACAAUGAUCUGAUGGUUGAACUUACCAGACUGGAGCACGAUAGAGGUAGUUUUGUAUUGUUCAGCUUUAGGACAUGUGUUUUUCAGGCUGAUAAAAUCUACUUAUACCUUGUCAGAGAUCUGACUUUACAAGCAGACAUGACUACACACCAUGUUCCCACACUGAAGCACCAAGAUAAUACGUGCACAAAGUCAUGCAGAUCUUCAUGUCUGCACACGUACACAUGUAUGAGGAUGUACCCAGCUCUACCUUGGUUCACCACAGGGGCAUUUGAAACUAAAAGUGAUGCUUCUGAGAAAGAGUUCACGCUCCUCUGUUCUGUCUUUCUGACGCUCCCCUCGACCCCAAGUCAACCACUACACCGUGUGGUCAGUUGUCAUGGUCACAGUCUCUCAGGUUGUGUGACUGGUAGUGACGUCACUGGAUGAGUUCUAGCUAUUUCUCAGUAACAGGUUUUAUUUUAAAAUGUUGUGGCAUAUGUUGCAGAAGAAUCAGAAUUAGUUAGGUAACAUAGAUAAUUAAGAUGUCUUAUCACCAUAAUAUGCUUGUAUGAUAUGCUUGUUAUUAGAUUGUAUCCCUUCGGACUCUGGUGUUGGCAGUUGCACUUCCUCCCUCAGUUGGGGCUCAGUCACCUGGGGCCCAGAGAGGGGAGAGAUCAGGCUUGUCUUUCACAUGUCCCUGGUGCAAUGCAGAAUAUCAGAAAGAGAAGAGAACAGGAGGGAACAUUGUCUUCAUAUGUGAAUGUGUCUUCCAAAACAUCUGAAGGGAUGGUAUGAUUAAUAUGGAACCAAUUACUUGUCUCCACAAUAUCUGUGUGCUUGUCACUCCCUCCUUUGGCCUUGGGGGAGAUAAGGUUUGAGACAAGAUGUGUGGGGUAGUGACUGGAACCAUUGUAUGUCAUCUCUGAUGUUGCACCUAUCCUGGGAUAGUGUAGGACCUAGAGGCUCACUCCCCUCAUUGAGCUUGCCCAGGCGUGUGGUCAAAAAGGGGUUUUACUUGAGAUGUGAGUAUCUGGAGUUGACAAUUGAUUUAUGCCACAGAAUGAGUUGGUGUUUUUGUGAAAUGAAGUUCCAGGAACGAGAUUGGAGCCUUGUCUUAGGAGCCAAACUGAACGAUAAGAACAUAAUUUAUGACUCCCAUCAGCCAUAGUUUGAUAAUAUAAUAAAUUAUAUGAAUCUAUAUCAUGCUAUAUGAUGUAUGUGUGACUUCACAGGGUCCCAAUUUUAGAUGUGCUAAAAUAAAUUGUUAUCCUGUUAAUUGACAUAUACACUACAUAUAUCCUGACUGAGUUUACAGCGCCCCCAGCCUUCAAAUGGAGAACACAUUAUGGCUCUCACUCUGUGACUGGUGGUGUAGGGGGAAGUUGACCCUAGACACUGAUCUUCAGUCAGUUUUGCUGACUUUUCCCUCUGCAAAUGGUUAAGGUUAGGAUCGGGGUAGGGAUUGCUGAUCAUAGAUCUAUACCUAGGGGAAACUUCCCCCCAGAGUUUGACUGGCCACUGAUGACCAUAUACAGUUCAUUAGGAAAGUAUUCAGACCCCCAAACUAAGGAUGGUGGGAGUCAUAUCAUGUAUUAUAUUAUCAAACGAAGGCCAGGGGUAGUGAUAUCGGCAGGUAGCCUAGUGGUUAGAGCGUUGGACUAGUAACCGAAAGGUUGCAAGAUCGAAUCUCUGACCUGACGAGGUAAAGAUCUGUCGUACUGAACAAGGCAGUUAACCCACUGUUCCAAGGCAGUCAUUAAAAGCAUGAAUUUGUUCUUCAGCUACUUGCCUAGUUAAAUAAAAAUAAAAAAUGUAUAUAAUGUCUUAUAUUAUCAAACUAAGACUGGUGGGAGUCAUAUCAUGUAUUAUAUUAUCAAACUAAGACUGGUGGGAGUCAUAUCAUGUAUUAUAUUAUCAAACUAAGACUGGUUGGAGUCAUAUCAUGUACCAUAUUAUCAAACUAAAACUGGUGCGAGUCACAUAAUGUAGUAUAUUAUCAAACUAAGGCUGGUGGGAGUCAUAUCAUGUAUUAUAUUAUCAAACUAAGGCUGGUGGGAGUCAUAUCAUUUAUUAUAUUAUCAAACUAAGGCUGGUGGGAGUCAUAUCAUUUAUUAUAUUAUCAAACUAAGGCUGGUGGGAGUCAUAUCAUUUAUUAUAUUAUCAAACUAAGGCUGGUGGGAGUCAUAUCAUGUAUUGCAUUAUCAAACUAAGACUGGUUGGAGUCAUAUCAUGUAUUAUAUUAUCAAACUAAAACUGGUGGGAGUCACAUAAUGUAGUAUAUUAUCAAACUAAGGCUGGUGGGAGUCAUAUCAUGUAUUAUAUUAUCAAACUAAGGCUGGUGGGAGUCAUAUCAUGUAUUAUAUUAUCAAACUAAGGCUGGUGGGAGUCAUAUCAUUUAUUAUAUUAUCAAACUAAGGCUGGUGGGAGUCAUAUCAUUUAUUAUAUUAUCAAACUAAGGCUGGUGGGAGUCAUAUGUAUUAUAUUAUCAAACUAAGACUGGUGGGAGUCAUAUCAUUUAUUAUAUUAUCAAACUAAGACUGGUGGGAGUCAUAUCAUGUAUUAUAUUAUCAAACUAAGGCUGGUGGGAGUCAUAUGUAUUAUAUUAUCAAACUAAGACUGGUGGGAGUCAUAUCAUUUAUUAUAUUAUCAAACUAAGACUGGUGGGAGUCAUAUCAUGUAUUAUAUUAUCAAACUAAGGCUGGUGGGAGUCAUCAUUUAUUAUAUUAUCAAACUAAGGCUGGUGGGAGUCAUAUCAUUUAUUAUAUUAUCAAACUAAGGCUGGUGGGAGUCAUAUCAUUUAUUAUAUUAUCAAACUAAGACUGGUGGGAGUCAUGUCAUGUAUUAUAUUAUCAAACUAAGACUGGUGGGAGUCAUAUCAUUUAUUAUAUUAUCAAACUAAGGCUGGUGGGAGUCAUAUCAUUUAUUAUAUUAUCAAACUAAGACUGGUGGGAGUCAUAUCAUGUAUUAUAUUAUCAAACUAAUGCUGGUGGGAGGCUUAUCAUGUAUUAUAUUAUCACUUCAGUUUAAUUGUAUGUUUAAAACUGAUGAGCACUGUGGGAAACAAACAUAUUUAGAUUAGAAACUAAGGCUGGUGAAAGUCACGUGUUGACCACUGUUUCUCAUCCACUGUGGUUGACUGACAGAGUUCCACUACCAUAAAUCAAACAGACACAGGACAGUGCAGUGAGACACUGGUACAGACGUAUAUUAGAGAUAGAAGUAGAAGUUACAGUAUUUGAUCACAAGUGUGUUAAAUUAAGAUGUCAGAGGGAGUCUAUGAAAUCACAGAUGGAUUUAGAGACGAUGAGCCUGAUGCGAUGAAGAACACAGACAUUGAUGGCCAAUUAUAUGGCAACGUAGGAGCCUUCAAGCCCAGUCCAAGAAAUGGAGUUGUUUCUUCAGGUAAGAUUGCAUUCACGCACACACAAUUACAGACACACAUUGAACAGGUGAUAUUACCCUGUAGUGCUACAGCUUUAUUUGUCCCAAUCCUGUAUGAUACAGUAAAACACAUUACCAAAGAUCUUACUUUAAUAAUUUGUGAUUCAGUACAUGUUCAGUGGUGGAAGAGACCCUCUGGAGUUGCUGCAGUGUGUCUGGGGCUGCUAUGUGUUCUCCUACUGGCCGGGAUCAUAGGCCUGUCUGUCUACUAUGUAGUCAUUGGUCAUCACAACUCAACAGAGAGAGGCCAGCUACAGACCAGUUACAACGCCCUGACUGAAGAGAGAGGCCAGCUACAGACCAGUUACAACGCCCUGACUGAAGAGAGAGACCAGCUACAGUCCAGUUACAACUCACUGACAAAAGAGAGAGACCAGCUACAGUCCAGUUGCAACACCCUGACUAAAGAGAGAGUCCAGCUACAGACUGAGAGAGAUUUUCUUAACGGGAGGUUUACCAAUCUCAAACAAACCUGCCCUGAAGGCUGGCAGAAGUUUGAAUCCAGUUGGUACUUCCUGUCUAUUGAGACGAAAACCUGGAAGGAGAGCAGAGAGGACUGUCUGGAGAGAGGAGCAGACCUGGUGAUCAUAAACAGCAGAGAGGAACAGACAUUUCUCUUCAACCUCCAAAUGAGAGCCUGGAUUGGUCUGAAUGACUCUGUUACUGAGGGGACCUGGAAGUGGGUGGACGGCACCCCACUGACCACAGGGUACUGGAGGGCAGGACAGCCUGAUGAUAGUGGGCAGGAAGACUGUGCUGAGAUAUACUAUGGACAAGAUGACCCUGUACAGACAUGGAAUGAUGACAAGUGUGGCACAAAUCAUAACUGGAUCUGUGAGAAAGUGGUGUAACAAUAACAAUAACACUCUCUCUCAAUUCUCUCAACUCUCUCUCUCAAUUCAAUUCAACUCAAAGGUUUUAUUAGCAUGGGAAACAUAAGUUAACAUUGCCAAAGCAAGUGAAGCAGAUAAUAUACAAAAGUGAAAUAAACAAUAAAAAUGAACAGUAAACAUUACUCUCACAACAGUUCCAAAAUAAUUAAGACAUUACAAAUGUUGUAUCAUGUAUAUAUACAGUGUUGUAACAAUGUGCAAAUGGCUCUCUCUCUCUCUCUCUCUCUCUCUCUCUCCCUCUCUCUCCCUCUCUCUCUCUUUUAUAUAUAUAUUUAUAUAUAUAUAUAUAUAUAUAUAUAUAUAUAUAUAUAUAUAUAUACAUAUAUAUAUUGAUGGUUGGAUACAGUGCUGAAUGGUUAAGUGAUGAUUCCACCUGGUGGUUAAGGUGAGAGAUGAACUCACCAUAGAGGAGAACAAGUUGGAUUACAGAGUUGUCUACGGGCUCUUUUUCAAUUAGACCUUACUCAAUUCCUCCUCACAUUCUCUCUUUGACUCCUUCUCCAAACACAUUGGAGAAUACAAUCCUAGGGGAGGGACCUUGGACCUUCUCUAAGAGGGUUGAGGAGGAGAUAGGAGGAGAGGAAUCUAGGAAAGACUAAUUGAGAUAGAGCCUUAGUGUCAGAGAGAGACAUUGAGGAGGAAUAGAAAAUUAAGAGAAUUAGGAAGAGAUAAAAAAUAUUGUUGUGUUUAGAUUUAGAGGAGAGUAUGUAGACAUAUUGUACUCUGGAAAGUGAUUCUUCAAUAUUUUUAUUAGAAACGUGUCAUAUAAAUUGCAAUAGACUAAUGUUUAGUAAAACAAAGUGGGACCAAGUAUUAACCAAUGCUUAUCACUUUAAUAUUAAGAUUAACAAAGUCACAGAUUAAUAA